AUGCAAGAAGUGGACGAAAUUAUUAAUCAUUCAGGAUCCAACGGCCACAUUACGUUUGAAGAAUUUAUUGACUUGAUGAUGAUGGACGAAGCAAAAUCUGAAAGCGAUGAAGAGGAUCAAAAUACCAAAGUCUUUGGUAUUGAUGAACACAUCCCGUUCAUCGUUACCGACCAAGUUCAUGACUCGUCCCUCGAGAAUGGUUUUGUAUUUCCUGCCUACGUCGAAGACGAUGAAAUUUCACAUGAAACUUUUCACCGAACAAGUUGCAAGAGUGCCAAUGAAAAGAAUCGAAUGAUUGAUAAGAGUUAUUCGAAGCGAGCACUUUCAAAGAAGAGUAUUCUUUUAGAGAAUCAAGAUGCGCCAUCAGCAUACUCAUCACCAACCAGCAAUAUAACAGUACCUUCCUCACAUUCAACCAUUUCAACAACGCCUACAGCAUCCCCGACCAACAAGUCCAAGAAUUGUCUCUUUCCAGAUAUCUCACCACCUAGAAAUAUUGUUCACAAUAGUAGUAAUAGCACUCCAAAGUCAUCCUCUCCUCGCUCGAACGAGUGUCAUGUAUUGGAUCAGGUCUUUGUUUCACAACCAUCGUCACCAACUAGACCUAGAUCCAUUUCGACUGGUGGAUCCAGUCCAACCCCUCGCUCUCCAACAAGAGAGAAUGAAUUGUACAAGGCCAGUUUGGUCACUCGCUUGCCAGCAAUUCCUUCUAACAAUGACCAGCAGGGAAAAGGUUCCAAUUUGUUGGAUGCUUUAAAAAAACGACUUUCAAUCUUUAGUAAUAACAACAACAGCAACAAUCGAUUGGAUGUGUUGAGCACACCCCAUUCCAAGUUACCACCAAUAUUGGAUGUUAGUACUAGAGCAAGAAGAAAUAGCUCUCCCGUAGUACCACUUGGUGCUAAUGAAAAGCCUAACGGAAAACUCAUGCCACUGGCAUCCACAAGAAACAGAAAGGCAUCGAGUCAGAAUGGUAUUGAUCCAAAAAAGCAAUAUUCGUCCUCGCUUAAUACUAGUAGCUACUUUUCUCAAAGGUACAGCUCAACAGACUACGGAACCUUACAUACAAGGGAGCAAUUAAGGGAGGCGUUUCAGCUCUUUGACAGCAACAAUGAUGGCUUAGUGAGUAAGGAAGAAAUGAAGAUUGUAUUUUCAAAGAUUGGACUCGUCACAAUCAUGAGCGAUGAAGAAUUGGAUCAGCUAUUUAAAAUUGUAGAUAGUGAUAAUGAUAGCAACAUUAACUUUGAUGAAUUUGUAGAAUUAUUCCUAUUGUAA